UAAAAAUGUGACUUAUUUUUAUUCAUUCUUUUGUACUGUUCGAUCGUUCUCCACUAUGAUACGGUUUCAACGAAGAAACGUUUUAUUUAUGUUCAAGUGAGAGUUUUCUAAAUCAAGAUGAGAAGACAAUGGUACAGCCCGAAUGUGAAUGUGGCAAACUAUGGCGAGCCUCAAAUCGUCAUAGAGGAAAGCACAUCGGGCGAAGAGGAAGAGGAAGGGCGAAGGAACGAGUCGCCUCCGCGUUGCAUGGAUCCCGAUUCGACACCCUUAAAUCCUCGUCUAUUGUCUCCCUGGCGAGAGGUCAGGAAACGCUCUCUACCGACUCCGCAAUGUACUUCCGGGAUAACCGCAUCACAGGUGAGACGAAUGAGCGAUCGUGGCGGAGAAGGAUCAGGACUCUCGAAAAUACAAGGACCAUCGCCGAGGGAAGCUACUUUCCUGUCCACCCUCUCUCAAACAUCGGCUCCUCAGCUAGGUGGCCGAAGACAUUCGGUCGUUACGAUUGAAAGAGUGUCACCGACUUUGUUUGGCCGUAAUCGUCGCGAAUCAAUCGCCCGUUUUCCUUUUGGAGUCGUGACCAGAAUAUUACCGAGUCGUCGAGACCCAGAGUCUAGAAUGUCCGCACCACCGAGCGGUAGAGGAAGUACGCACAAUCUUCAGUUGGACAUUAUGGACGACAUCGCAGACCUAAAAGCGAGGAAGGUGCGCUUAAGGAUGUACAGGACGUCGACGGAGCAAGUGUACGAAAUGCAGCCGCUGGAGGGUAACAGUUCUGUUCAACGUUACACUGAACAGCCGAAACAACGAUUCUUUGAAAUGCCUACUCUGUCGGUUUCGCCGACGUCUUCUCUCCGAAAGCGCGUCUCGGAACUGCCAAGAGCCGCGAGAACACCCGUUUUCGGUGCUGCGGGCAUGGUCUGCUCUAAUAGGGAUCUGAUAUCGAUCCUAAGCUCGGUAGGGUCUUCCGCGACGGAAAUGUCGAAGAAGCCGGAAGAUUUAGCAACGGCCAGUUCAAGUCUUAGGUUCGAUGAAUUGAAGGUAGUGAAGGCGAUGAAGAAAAUGUUCGGUAAAAAGUCCCCUAAUAGCGAGGUCGUAUGGGACAACACUAGUGGAACCAAAGUGGACGCUCAGGUAUUUGGUAGCGCAAUUGAGAAGAUAUUAACGGCGCAGAAGGGAAACGAUACGGAGAUACCGAGGGCUUCCGGGUCGAGCGGAAAGCCCUCGGUAUCUUCGAACAAACCAAUGUCAGGUGAAGUGACAAAUUUGUUUUGGAAUAGCAAGAACCAAAAGCAGACGGAAUUCAGCGAACCGUCUCUCUGUUCUUCCCUAAAGGACCUAUUCAAGAAGUAAUGGGGAAGAACAAAUACUAAUAAAUGUUAAGUGUCUCUAGUUUAAUUAACACUUCUUUAUCUAAGAAUUUCUUCCCUAAAAGACCUAUUCAUUAUGUAAUGUAGAAGCACAAAUACUAAUAAAUGCUAAGUUUCUCUCGUUUAA